GGGACCCCAGGGAUGAAGAACCACAGCGAUGCUGCUCGACGGCGGCAAAAAAAGAAGUGGCAGUGAGCAGGGAACAAUCCCAGGGACACGCGCGCGCUCCGCGGAACGCCACGCAGUCAACGACAAGGGCGGCCUCUAGCGAACACCCCCGAGGAUCCCUCGGCACGUGUUGCGGGCCCUGACUCUUUUGGAUACUACAGCUGCGGAGAUAACUGUGGACGGUGUGUCUGUGUGUGUGUCUGUCUCUCUGUUUCUCUGUGUGUGCGCGCGCGCGCUUGUGCGUGCGUUUUAUUCGCCAGACCGUGCAACUCCUUUCCACCACCUCAAGGGACAGACCUGCCGAGUCAACCUCUGUCAUCACUGUUAUUGUUGUUGCUGCAGGUUGUAUGACAAAACCCAGAUAAAAGACUCGCAAACGGUUUCCUGAACCGACUUGGUCGUUGUCAUCGACCUACUGGACGGCCGGACGGCCGGACGAACGCUUGUGUAGCGUUCGGUCAUACCUCAGGAGCAGUCGCUAGUUCCAAAACCUUGACAGGACAGGUGAGGAGAAGCCAUCGCUCUCACCUCUUCUCAUCCUCAUCUGCGGAGCAGUUGCCGAGAGAAAGUGUGUCACCUGGGAUGCUGUAGAACAGCAUGAGCUGCGUGGACCUCAUGUAUCAGUUUUACUCUCCGUAUUUCCCCUACAAGCCCACUGUGGACGAUGCCCAGAAGUUUGGAGUAUCGUCCAUGUAUGAGGGUGUGUCGCCCAGCGCCACAAGCACAAGCCUCGGCGACGGGGGAGCAGGAAGUGGAGGGGGGUCCGGAGGGCCCUCCCCAAGUGACAAAAUGCACCGGGAGGUGGAGCGGGAGGGGCAGCCCCGUGCCACGCAAUACCUGGCCUCUAACUGCGUGUUGUUCACCUACUUCAGUGGAGACCCUGCCUCGGUGGUCGAUGAACACUUCUCUCGCGCCCUCAGUCAACCAUCCAGCUACAGCCUGGACAAGCCAGGGGUCCAGAAAACCUGCACCAGGCCAGACACUCUGUUGAUGUGUCAGCGCAAGUUACCUGCAUCUUUCUGGAACUCAGCUUACCAGCCUCCUCCCUCCGCCACCAGCAGUCAUGGCGGCUUCCCUCUGGGGGCCGAGGCCUACUUCUCCCCCUCGCUGUACGGGCUGCACAAGUCCUGGCCUUACACGUACUCGUCGCAGCCGCACACCUAUGCUCACCAGAGCGCCCAUGCGUUUUCCUACUCUGGAAUGGACGCCACCCGAGGACUGACGUCACACUACGGGUCGCUGGUGAUGCCGGGAGCUGGUCUGGCAUCGAGAGCCGAUGGCCGCAGCAGCCAGUACGAGUUGGCCAAGGGAGGCGACGCCUUCUCCUCGGCAGCGGCGGCCGGAUAUUACGCAAUGAGUCGCUUCGGCUCAGACCUCGGUAUGGAGACGGGACUUCCGGGGCUUGAUCUUCCCCUCCAGCAGACAAAAAAAGAACUGUAUUGGUGACAUGACGUUGUCUUCGCAAGCAGACACCAAAACCGUAUUUAAACAAUGGCGCCAAAGGAAAGUUCUAGAACAAUACGCUUUCUCUAAAAGCAAUCGCGUCAGCAAACCCUGAGAUAAAUUCCAAGAUACCGCGGUGUUCCAAACAUAUCCUCUGUGUGUGAACGAGGCGUGCCAACGUGAAGACCAAGUCCUGAUCGUUGGCAUUGCUUUGCUGUGCUACGUGAACCCAACGUUGAAGCGACGUACUGAAUGUUGGCAAUGCCUUACGGUUCCUGUCGUAAACCUGAAGCCAACGUGGACACAAUGAUCGUUGGUAACGCCUGCUGUUUGCUGACGUAGUGAGGGUGGCAGAAGUGUUCCAUUGAAGGGAAACGUCCACCUCCGUGUCCCCGAACAGAAAAGUCACCUGCGGGAAAAGGAGCUUUGACUUCAGCAAUGAAGGUUGAAUGACUCUCUGCUUUUUGUCGGGAUUUCAGGCUGAAUCUCUUACAAACGUCCGUCCGAAGUCAACUAACUGGUCUGCGCCUCGAACUGAGAGACUUUCCAUGCAGUUAUUUUCUGGCCUCCCUCGAGGUUGGUCUGAUCUUUGUCGGGUGUCAGAAACUGGCUGACCAUCUGACGGCCUCGGCCAGGUAUUUCAGAAAACUCCGAUGUUAUCGAACUAUCUGCUGACUUUGACAGUGAACUCAUCCAUCAAAACUUCUCUUCUCCAACAGUCUCGUCCUCUCGAGUGACGCUGCACGAGCGACCCCCGGGUGUGAGCGCCAUGCUGGACCCGUGCGCUGUGAGCAUGCAGCACCCAGCUAAACCAGGGAGACAACCGGAAGACGAAAACGUGUGUGUGGGGGGGAUAAGUUCCAGGGUUCAAGAUGGCUGCAUUUCAAAAACUGACGGCAGCAAAUGACAGAAUGCCGGCCGAACGGUUUCGCUGGCGCCAUGUGGCCAUUUAACUGUUUUUCAAAGAUUGGAAACUACAGCAAAUCUUCAACCUUCGCCAGCGACAGAAGCUGAAGCCACCGGGCAAUCAGGCUCUGCCAUCUGGAGGCGGGUAGGUUGGGGGGGAGUGAUUUACUGUAUUGUGCUGAGUGGUGUUCAGGUCGGAGACUUAAAAAUUGUUGUUAAUUUUCUUUUUGUGUGAGUGAAGACAAGUGACGCGAGAGAGGUAGGGAGGGUGGGGUGAGAGCAAGUGGAUGGGGAACUAAGGAGAGGGGAACGUUAAGCUUGAGCUUUAUGGAACUGGGCGGGAAGGAUGAUGAGGAUGGGGGCAUUUACGAGACAGAGUUAUAGGUCUUGGAGCAUGAACCGAGGCGGAGAAGAACGAAGAGGGGAGGGAAAGGGAAAGGACGAGACAGCUUGCUUGGCGCUGUAGUCCGACAUGCGGGUGGGACAGGGUACGAAGCUUCGACUUUAAGUCGACUGGAACCAGUAGCUGUUUAAAAGAGCCAGGGCGUGGGGUGUGGGGUGUGGAUAGUGCGAGAGGGGGAAUGGGUGGGUGGGUGGUUUGACGGAGGAACCCAAGCGAAAGGAAGAGACGAAAACUUAAGAUGGAGGACAGGCACUUUGUACUGGGUGACUUGUGAACAAAGUGACGCCUUCUGCCAACUGCCAGUUUUUGGUCCGUGGGAAUGACUUUUUGUUUGUUUUUGUUUUGUUCUUUUAUUCGUGCAUUUUAUUUUUGGUUCUAGAGAUCCGCAUGUCUGCAAUUAUUCUCGCAUUAAAUGUAUGUGGACAAGAAAACUGAGUUGGACGAACAUGUUUGGUUGCCUGAAAUUACGAUGUUGUUUGAAAGGUUUCGAUGACUGAGCAUUUCUCUCCACUGAUGCUGAAUUCUGAUCUCAUUGACUGUUAUGAGAAAAGAAAAUGUCAAGGUAAAGAUUAGUCAAACUGAUAAAAGGUCAAAAUCCCUUAAAAACAUUGACAUGAUAUAUUUCUAUUGGUUAACUGUCAGUUUUCCAUAUUUAAAUAGUAACAUUUCUACAAAAUUAAUGUUAGUUUAGCUAAUUGUUUUUCGAUGGUUUUAAAGAUUGUUAACUAUUAUAAUUUGCAAAUUUGUAGUUAUAGUUCAAGCAACUGUCUUGAUUUCAGUUUGGAUAUGAAUAUCUCUAGACUUAAAGUUCUCUCAUGCCGAUACAUUUGCUGACCUACUGAAAUCAUCACAAACUGAAAACAAUUCAACAUAUCCUAUUUAGAAAUUAAAAUCGCUUUGACAGAUUUUCCAUUGUCCGUGAUCAGACAUGGUAGAAAUAUACAGACAUUGUUACCGACAGUGAAAUAUUUUCUUAGUCGCUAAAAUGUAUAUUUGGAACACUCCUCAUCCCAGAUUUCUUGACUCUGUGGUCUUUGAAUGCAAGUUCAGAAAAGAUUCGUGGAUUAUUUCUUCGACUUUAUUGAAAUUGAAUCUGUUAAAACGAAAUAUUUUUACCUUUAAUGUUCUAUUGUUAACCGGGCAAAAACUGAACGAACUUCUGUCCAAGUUUGUCCAAGAUUUUAUACAACAGUCAUACAAACACUUGUUUGGUCAAAAGCUUUCUUCAUGUCUGUUUGGUUAAGAAGGAUCUUUAAAGAGAGAAUACUCGCGUGCAAUGAAAAAAAAAAUGAAAAGAGUUGUGAAUGUGCGUGUGAGUGUUGGUGUUGCAUUGUGGGCCGGCUUUCAUCAACCCCUGAGUCACGUGGCUUGAGAUGCUGCUACACUGCUGCUCUGUGGAGCGAUUGUUGAAUGAGAGAUAAAUUAGACAGUUACAGAUAUUGUGUUCAACAAAAGCUCAGAUUUUUUUAAUCAUGACAAGCCGCGUUCUUUCCUUUUAUUCCUUCCUCCUAUCCAUCUUCUUCUUUUGUUUUUCUUCAAUUGAUCGUCCUCUCUUUCUUUCUUUUUUUCUUUCUUUCUUUCUUUCUUUCUUUCUUUCUUUCUUUGUGAUCCUGGGAAAAUAUGUUUUUCUGUGGGUUUGCUUUUGAACGCUCCGUCUACCAGUACUUACUCCACUUCCUGCUGCAAUGAAUUCUACCGUUCGACUAGAACGAAUAUUUUGACAUGAAUCUAUUUUGUUGUCUUGUAGAUACAAGAACAAAAUUAAACUAGUAUGAUAAACAA